AUGAAUUUAAAAGCCGAAGAAGUGCCUAAUAACGAAGAAAAUCAAUAUAAAGAAUGUGUAAAUAUUAAAAGAAAACAUAGUCAAGAUGAAUUGCAGGAAGAAACGCCGUGUAAAAAGGCUCUUCACGAAGAAGAGAGCGUGGCCGCAAUCGAAAAGGAUGUAAAGAAAUUUUCAAAUUUGGAAGGAUUAUUACAGACAAAUGGAAACGAAUUUUUAAAAAAUAAAACAGCAAGUAGUGAAAUAAGAAGUGUUAGUGGAACAAGCCUCGAGGACAAUGUGAAGAAUAAUAAUGAAUUGGAAGGUGAUGUGGAGAAUGUAUUAUCUAUCGAGGGAACAACUGAUUUGAAAGAGGAAAUCAUAAAUACAAAUUUAAAGAGAGUAUCAACAAAUCCUCAGAAGUCUGGUAACGGAUCAAACCCGAUAGUUAAGAAAGCAUGUGCUGAAAAGGAAGAGGACAUGAGUACAAAUUCUGAAGGUGUAGAUAAAAAAGCCAGUAAACAUUUGGAAAAUAUCCCAGCUGAAACUACUACAAAAAGUCCGAAUAAAACCAAAAAGCCAACCAACACAUUUAUACCACAAAGUCCCAAGAAACGUUUAGAUUUCCAGGGGAAACUAAAUGAUACCUCCACUACAAAAAAGAAAGAAAAAUUCAUAUAUGGUAAUUACUCCCAAUAUUAUGGUUAUCGUAAUAAGGAUAAAGAUUUUCACGAUAUACGAUUGGAUGUUUUUGAAAAACACAAAGAACUGUUUGAAAAUAAACAGAUACUUGAUAUUGGCUGUAAUAGUGGCUUUAUAACAAUGGAAGUUGCCAAGAGAUUCCAAGUUAAAUCCAUUACCGGUUUGGAUAUUGAUAAACAUUUAAUUAAUCAAGCCAUAAAACAAUUGACACGCCACAAGAAAUCUUUACCCCUAAAUAAUGAAUUGCGUAGAGAACAUAAAUUCCCCUUUAAUGUUACAUUUGUACAUGGUAAUUAUGUACUAAAAGAUGCUGUCCUACUGGAAAUCGAAAGGCCUCAGUUUGAUGUCAUCCUAUGUUUAUCCAUAACAAAAUGGAUACAUUUAAAUUUUGGGGAUGAUGGUUUGAAAUUGGCAUUUCGAAGAAUGUUUUUGCAGUUAAGGCCAAAGGGUAUUUUCAUACUGGAAGCUCAACCAUUUGAUAAUUAUGCCAGACGCAAGAAAAUGACUGAACAAAUAUUUACAAAUUACAAAAAUAUGAAAUUUUUUCCCAACAAUUUUGAAGAGUAUUUGUUGUCUUCUGAAGUUGGUUUUACAAAAGUCCAGUUAAUGGGUGUACCUGAUCAUUGUAAAAAGGGGUUCAAAAGACCCAUACAAAUAUUCUAUAAACCAUAGAAU